GUAACGUAACGCAGAGGCGAAGCAGCAACAACAGAAGAAUGCUCCGUUCAACUCCAUUUCCGGCACCGUACAAUUCGGCGCCAGUUCUCUCUCGCGCACGCACGUGCCCCUCUCCAGCACUCGCACGUGCCCUUCAUUCUCAUUCCUCUUUGGUUUGGCGGCUCGUCUUCCCACAAUUCCACCAACACAACGUAAAUAUUUCCGGCGGAGUGUUUGUCGCGGCCGCCGCGAAGAAGCAACAACGGCGCGGCGGCGCUGAGCUCGCCGUAAUGGACGGCGGUUUCGACGACGGUGAUUUUUAUGAUGCUUACGAUGAUGAUGAAGAAGAAGAAGAAUUUGAUGAUGAUGAUGAUGAAGAAGAAGGGAUGCUUCCGUUGGAUGACAUGAACAAAUGGUUCGAGAAGAAGCCGAGGGGUUUUGGAGAAGGGAAAGUGUACGACACUUCGGUUGAGGAUAAGCUGCUCGAGGAAAUGCGCCAGAGUAGAAUAGCGCAGGCUGAAAACUUGACGAAGCUUAAGAGCAAUCCUGUGAAGCAUGCUUCAAACGAAAGUGUUCAAAAGAAGAAAGAUUCAGAACUUGUUCCAAUUGGAGGUCGAGUGUGCUUGGUGAACCUACCAAAGAAAAAGAACAUCCAUAAAGAUCUGAAAUCAGCCUUGCAAGGGAUUCCUGGCAUAACUAAUAUAGUCCCAGCUGUUACUGGAAACAAGAAGACGAGGGACCCAAUCUGCAAGGGUUUUGCAUACGUUGAUUUCGAGUGUGAAGAAGAUGCAAUUAGGUUUGUUGAGUUAUACACUGGACAAGCUAUUACUUUUGGUAAAAUUCAGAAGCAGAUAAAAUGUGAGCUUCUAAAUGUACAGUCUUCAUCUUCUUCUCUGAAAUUAAGCAAAAACCUUAAUGCUGCUCCGCAACUUGUGGCCCGCUUUGAAGAAGUUUCAAAUGAGGAUUCUAACUUGGAUGGUUCUGCCCUUAGUUCCUGGGAUGAGGCCAACUCUUCAGAUGAUUUGGAUGACCUGGACUAUCAGAUGAAUGGAGAAGAACAGGAAGAUGAUGAGGACAAUCAAGAGUCUGUCUCCACUUUGGGGGUGGAUCAUGAUGAUAGUGUGGAAAUGAGGAUCGAUCCUGAAAUUUGUUCACUUCCCUCAGAGCAGGUUGACAGAAACCAUGCAGCUGAGCAGAAGUCAUCUGCCAAGGUUAAACAGGAGAAUGCCCGUAAGAAAAAACCAACUUCCAAAGAUAGAGACAAAAAAGUUUUAGGUGUUCCUGGAUCCUCAAGAAGGUUAAAGAUCAGGGAAAAGGCUGUUUUAAGUGACGUUUUCUCCAAGUACGGAUUAAAAGCUACUCUUGCUUCAAAAGAUAAUUAGUAAAUUGCUAAUGAGGUGAGAUCGCCAAAGUCUAAAUCAUCUCCCAGCACGUAGGGUCUAAAAACUAAAAGGUCAUAUUAGAUGCAAUGGGACUUUCUAGUUGGCCAUGGAUGCUAGUUUUUGAUUCAGUGUACAAUCAAAUUGUAGCAUAAGAGUCUUGUAGAAAAAUUGAUGAUAGUAGAUUAUUAUUUUUAUGAAUAUCAAAACAUUCUUUAUUAGCAUCUCAAUGCAUUCAUGGAUGGGAAUUGAGAGGUUUAA